GGCUGGGCUUAGUAGCGCUUUGGAUGCGGCCCGUGCUGGAUUAGCGGCAGAAGGAUUGAGCAUGAUUAUCACCGCGAAAUUGGUGGCCAUCGGGCUGUGUCUGGCCCUCACGGCCUUCUCCGUUUCCACCAUUGUCCUGGCCGUACAAAAGUCCAGUCUGAAGAACGAGCUACGCGAGGCGCGCGAGAAACUUGAUAUGCUGGAGGCGGGCCAGCAAACGACUACAACCAGCACUGUGGCUCCUCCUGCGAGCACGGGAACACCCUCAGCCACGGAUCCCUCGAGCCCCACUGCAGCCCCGCCUGGCACCACUGCAGUCCCCCCUGGCACCACCAUAGAACCAGGCACCACAGCAGAACCAGGCAACACCACCCCCGCGCCGGAAGAGAAGAUUGACUAUCGCCUGCCCACCCGCCUGGAGCCCACCCACUACGACCUGUAUCUGUUCCCCAAUGUGGAGACGGGAGUGUUCGAUGGCCAGGAGACGAUCACCCUGACCGUGCACGAGGCAACCGAUGAGAUUGUGCUGCACUCCCUCAACCUCAACAUUUCGAGCGUGUCUGUGCUCAGGCCGGACUUCUCGAGCGUGGAUGUCGCGGAGAUCAGCUUCGAUGCGGUGCGGGAGUUUCUGGUGCUGCAGCUGGCGGAGGAGCUGAGUGCGGGCACUGAGGUGAACCUGCAUCUGGGAUUCGCGGGCUCCAUGGUGAACAAGAUCGUGGGGCUGUACAGUUCGUCGUAUGUGAAGGCGGACGAGAGCCGCAAGUUGAUUGCGACGUCCAAGUUUGAGCCGACCUAUGCCCGGCAGGCGUUCCCCUGCUUCGACGAGCCUGCGCUGAAGGCCACCUUCCAGAUAACCCUGGUGCAUCCCGUGGAGGGCGACUACCAUGCCCUGUCCAACAUGAACAUCGAAUCGCAGGCCAAUCAGGGCGCUUACACCGAGGUGACCUUCGCCAAGAGCGUGCCCAUGAGCACCUACCUGGCCUGCUUCAUUGUCUCCGACUUCACCGCGAGGUUCGUUGAGGUGGACACCAAAGGCAUUGGCGAGACCUUCACAAUGGGCGUUUAUGCCACCCCCGAGCAGAUCGCCAAGGUCGACUUUGCCGUCGAGGUGGGCAAGGGCGUGAUUGAGUAUUACAUUGACUACUUCCAAAUCGAGUAUCCGCUGCCCAAGCUGGACAUGGCCGCCAUUCCCGACUUUGUGUCCGGCGCCAUGGAGCACUGGGGUCUGGUCACCUACCGCGAGACGUCUCUGCUGUACGAUGCCGAGACGAGUUCGGCGUCCAACAAGCAGCGCAUUGCCUCCGUCAUUGCCCACGAGUUUGCCCACAUGUGGUUUGGCAACUUGGUUACCAUGAAUUGGUGGAACGAUCUCUGGCUGAACGAGGGCUUUGCCAGCUUCAUUGAGUACCUUGGCGUGGAUUCAGUCUUUCCCGAAUGGAAAAUGCGGGACCAGUUCAUUGUUAGCACAUUGCAUGGGGUUCUGACCUUGGACGGUACCUUGGGCUCCCACCCCAUCAUCCAGACGGUGGAGAACCCCGACCAGAUUACGGAAAUCUUCGACAGCAUCACCUACUCCAAGGGCUCCUCGCUGGUGCGCAUGGUGGAGGACUUUCUGGGCGAGCCAACCUUCCGCCAGGCCGUGACAAACUAUCUGAACGAGUACAAGUACACAACGGCCGAGACGGCCAAUUUCUUCACCGAAAUCGAUAAGCUGGGACUGGACUACAAUGUGACCGCCAUCAUGCUGACGUGGACGGUGCAGAUGGGUCUGCCAGUUGUCACGGUCGAGAAGAUCUCCGACACUGAAUACAAAUUGACGCAGAAGCGCUUCUUGUCCAAUCCCAACGACUAUGACGCCGUUCACGUGGCCUCGGAAUUCAACUACCGCUGGUCAAUACCCAUCACAUACACCACCAGCGCCGAGGCGAGCGUGCAGCGGGUCUGGUUUUACCACGACCAGAGCGAAAUCACCAUAACUCUCCCAGCUGCCGUGCAGUGGAUCAAAUUCAACUCGGAGCAAGUGGGCUACUACCGGGUCAACUAUGACGCCGCGCUGUGGCAGUCAUUGGCCACGCAACUCGUGGCCACGCCCAGUAGCUUUAGCACCGGAGAUCGCGCCUCCCUGCUGAACGACGCCUUCGCCCUGGCCGACUCCACGCAGCUGCCGUAUGAGAUUGCCCUCGACAUGACCAAGUAUCUGGACAAGGAGGCGGACUAUGUGCCCUGGAGCGUGGCCGCCUCGAAGCUGACAUCGCUCAAGCGCACCCUCUACUACACGAACAGCUAUGUGAAGUACAAGAAGUACGCGACGGCUCUGAUCGAGCCCAUCUACACGUCCCUCACCUGGACAGUGGGCGAGGAGCACCUGAACAAUCGUCUUCGGGUAACGGCCUUGAGUGCCGCCUGCUCCCUGGGCCUGGAGUCCUGCCUCAGCGAGGUGGGAGAGCAGUUCAACAGCUGGCUGGCCACACCCGACGAACGGCCCAAGCCAGAUGUACGCGAGACCAUCUACUACUACGGCAUGCUGUCGGUGGGCGACCAGGAGAUCUGGGAGAAGGUCUGGCAGUUGUUUGUCAACGAGGCGGACGCCAGCGAGAAGUCGAAGCUGAUGUACGGCCUGGCCGCUGUGCAGGAGCCCUGGCUGCUGAAGCGCUACAUUGACCUGGCCUGGAACGAGGACUAUGUGCGCGGUCAGGACUACUUCACCUGUCUGACCUACAUUGCGGCCAAUCCCGUGGGCGAGUCCCUCGUCUGGGAAUAUGUGCGCGAGAACUGGCUCACUCUGGUGGAUCGCUUUGGGCUGAACGAGCGCUAUCUGGGCAACCUUAUACCCACGAUUACGGCUCGCUUCAGCACCCAGACGAAGCUCGAUGAGAUGGUGUACUUCUUCGAGAAGUAUCCCGAGGCAGGAGCCGGCACUGCUGCUCGUGUCCGUGCCCUGGAGACGGUGAAGAACAACAUUGUCUGGCUGGCCGAAAAUCUGGAGAGCGUCGACGCCUGGCUGGACGAACAGCAACUGUAGAUGCGAGCUGCAGUCCAUUGUCGUGGGUUCUUUUAAGUUUGUACUCAUCUAAUGGCCUGCCAUAAAGCGACCGACCAACGACCAACGCUUAACAACUGAGAAUAAAGAUAAGCUGGCCAGAGGAUUGGGGAAAAAAACACACAAAUUACAGCUCCAUAAAUAAAAUAAGCAAUUAUCCAUCCAA